AUGGCAGCUAUUCAUGAGCACACUAUUCGUACACCAUUCCCUCCAUCACAUUUACAAAUCGCGUGUAACAGUACUUACCUGGCAUUACCGUAUACCAAGUCUACUGUCGGAAUAUGGAGUCUAUCAAGUUUAUCCUCUUCUCCUCUUCAACUGGAAGGUCAUAGAAGAAAAAUAAGUUGUUUGUGUUUUGGCAACAGAGGAAACCCAACAUCGCUAUGCAGUGCCGCUGAUGAUUUUAUCAUUACAUGGAAUGUUGAAAAAGCCAGGAAUUCACUUGAUUCUGGUCAGCAGAUCAGAGGUCAAGUUAUAAGUAAAGGUCAAGGCCUUGUGCAAUAUGUCAGUUUCAGUCCAGAUGAUGUUCUGCUGGCAGCAUGUAUUGAUAAAGAAGUUGUCAUUUUAGAUACAAAAACUGAAAGACUAGACACUACAUUAGAAGGCCAUACAGCCAGAGUAAACUGUGCUGAAUUCUGUCCACAUUAUUCAUCCACUGUUGUGUCUAUAUCUGAUGAUAGGACAUUUAAGAUAUGGGAUAUUGCAAAUUCCUGUUUGAUUUACCAAUCAACUAUUAUUUCAGCAUCACCGUUCAUCAGUUUAUCAAUGGAUGCAACAAAUCCACAGUUUGCAGUUGGGUCAUCUGAUGGACAGGUGCGUGUGUAUGAUUUGAGAGAUGGCAACGGGUUUAGAUGUUUACAUCACUUGAAUGUCUCCAAGUUAUUGAGAAAACGCAGAGAAGCUGCAGAGCAAGCAGCAUGUGUGACAAGCAAGACAAGUCCAACAACCAUCAGUAGUCGUCCAUCAUGGCAAAUUGAACAACCAUCACAAGAAGAACCAUCAAUAUCAUUACCAUACGAUGAUACAUCAGAAACUGAGGCUAUAUCAGGACUGUAUUACGCACUUAGACCCAGUAGUGGAAAAUCAGGCAGUGCCAACAGGAAACCAGCUUUUCUAAACACUGAUGAUACAAUUGUAAGGGAUUUGUUAGAAAAAGCUCCCAUGUUAUUGGUUGCCACGCCAGGUGCUUUAUUUCAAGUCAAUGCUCAUAGUUAUGAAGCUGCAUCCUAUGUCCAUUUCCAAGAUCCGUUACCAACCGAGAGUCUUAUACAAGAGGAGACUGAUAAAUGUAUUUCACUGUCAGGUUCAUUUGCAUUUGCACAGACUAGCGAUAUACGACAAGUAUGGUGUCUUGCUGGUAGUCUAUUUGAAAAAGUAGUAAACGUUUUAAAAAUUCAACAUCCCAGCUGUAUACCAAGUAGUGAAACCAACCUGGCUCGUGAUUUGUCUGACAGAUUAUUGAUAGGGAAUCAUGGCGGUGAUGGCACUGUGGGUGAAAAUCUUACAGAUGAUGGUGCAUCUGUUGAUGGUGAAAUUACUGUCUUGUCAAGUACUCCUCUGUGUGUGAACUCGCCUCUGAAAUCUGAAUUGGUACCAAAAACUAAAGAAGCAACACCAGUUAAAAGAGGUUCCAAACUGUGGCCUCCAGCUGGUAUGAGGAAAGUUACAAGCCCUGACAAUCAACCAUUGACCUUUAAAACAAAAAUCAAAUCUUCAGGUUAUACAGAGAAACCAAGAAUGAAUAUGUUUUCACCACAAACAAAUAAAUCCAAGGCAACCACAAGCUCAAAAUUCAAGUUAUCCUCUGGAUGCAGACCUGGCACCAAGGAGUACCCUAUGGAUGCUAACUAUCCUGAAACAAUGAAGAUGAAACUGAGCAUUGCUGAGCAACCAACGCCCAUUAAUUGCAUUCGUUUCUCAGAUGAUGGUCAAAAUUUAGCUGUAGCGUUGUCUAACAAGUCAUCUCUAGUAUUCAAGAUGCCACUGAGUGGAAAAGGCUCUGCAUUCACAGGGCAUAAUGCAUGUGUCAAUAGUGUAGAUUGGAGUCACGAUAACAAAUGGUUAUUGACCUCGUCGGAUGACAAGACAGCUAGACUAUGGUGUAAGGGACAAGCUGAACCAAUACUAACAAUAGACAAUGUAAACCAUAAUUUGACUGUUGAUAAAGAAGGACUAAAACCCAUUGAUAAGAACAACCCAGUUUUCCAGAAAGAAAUUAAGCAUGCCCAGUUUUAUUAUGUUGACAAGUUUAUUCUGUUGACAUCGGGAAAUUCUUUUUAUAUGUAUAAAUACUACCUUGAUGAGAAACCCAAAGAUGACAUCAAAAGGUAUCAAUCCAAGAAUCGUUAUAAAUUGGUAAAAUCAUUUCAAUUGGAUAGAACCCAACAGAUUACCUCCCUGUCCUCAGUCAAUGGAUUCCAUUCAUAUAUUACACUCUGCGGUGGUUCUAAUAAAUCUAUUGAAGUGUUUGACAUGAACGUAUCACAGAGCAUACGUGUGAUGCAAGAUGUACACACAAGACCUGUGCACAAUAUUUGUCAGAAUGAGGGUUCGUCCUACGUGUCCCAUCCACCUAAUGCAUAUGAUCUAUUUCUAACUGCUGCCACAACAGAUGGUAUAAAGCUAUGGGAUUUGAGAACUGAUCG